CCGCCCAUAAGAGACGAACAACAAAUAUGGAGUUUUGAAAUAGUAGCAAGUUGGCGGCCAAAAAGACCCUAAAUUUCGGCGUUUUCGUAGUUACACGAGUGGUAGUUUUCUACCUGACUGAAGUGACGCGAUGCAAUCAUAUCAAACGUAGUUUAUGUUUUGUAGCAGGCGCUGUUGACCGGGUAAACAGUUCGGUAUCUUGGCUUCGACAAAAACAAGGCUUAGUAGCUAGCUAGCUAAAGCAGUAGCAUUUGCUGGUUUUCACCCUCACCGUGCUUUGCUCAAUAAUAAACGAAGAGCACGACCCGAGCAGAAAUGGAGAAGAGAGACUUCCUGAAGGGACUACCCGUCUACAACAAAAACAACUUCAGCAGGUUCCAUGCAGACUCUGUGUGCAAAGCCUCAAACCGUCGACCAUCUGUGUAUCUUCCAACUCGGGAUUAUCCCUCAGAGCAGAUCAUAGUCACAGAGAAGACAAACAUCUUAUUACGAUAUCUACAUCAACAGUGGGAUAAAAAGAAUGCGGCAAAAAAGCGAGAACAGGAACAAACAGAAGGGGAGAGCACGGCACCUCCACGAAAAAUUGCAAGAACAGACAACAGAGAGCCGAAUGAAGCUUCAUAAACUGCUACGCCAUCGAUUCUGAGUAGAGACUGACCCACUCAGACAAAAUGCACAAGCCGAUGCAAAAUACAUGUUUGCAAACAAGUUUGCCACAGCUGCACAAGCAGUUUGAUUUCAGACCACAGCUGUCAAGUUGUUCCUAAUGUUUGGACUUGACUUUAGAGCUCCUCCUUAACCAAAUACCUUUUUCCUCAGUUAUUCACUGCUUUCAUGCAUUGUUUUGUUCACUUUGAGGAGGCCAUACUUCUACUUCAGAGGUUUGUUUUUUCUUUUCAUAGUAGUCUUAAAAUGAUCAAACAUCUACCUCCUUAUUGCUCAGUCCCUGUGGUUUUAUUCCACUUACACCCAUGUAGUUUUUCUUUAGAGAUGCCAGGGAUUUAAAAAAAAAAAAAAAAAAAAAAAAAAAGCUUUUGGGCUGACCCUUUGAAGGUUUACAAUUGCAGUAAUUCACACAUAUCUGAAAUGUGCAUGUGCUGUGAGAUGACCUUGUGGAUAUUUUUCAAUCAGGAACUUAAAUUUUUGAAUUAUGAACAAUUUCUGUUGUUACUUAUGUCAUUUUAGGUAAUCUUUUUAAAGAUUACUGCUAUUACAGUAAGUGGAAAUAAUUAUUUUAAUAGUGGUUUAGGUUUAGCGUUAGAUUCAGGGUUUGUUUUUAUGAGCUGUGUUGCAGAAACAAGAUGAGUGAUUGAAGAAAUGUUUGUUUUCUCCCGAUGAAUAAUAACUAUAAUGAUUUAUUGCCUUAUGUGGAAGUGAGUGUGUUUCCACUUGCGACUUAGGGUGCCCCUUGGUUUACAUUGUGUUUCAGGAAGAUUAAGCACUGCAGAGUUGGAUGGACUUUGGUGUAAGAAAACGUCCAAGCCAAUAUUUAUGCUAGAGGAUGCAAUUUUCACUUGUACAUAUUUUGUAGCUAAAAUCUCAGCUUCUUAAUACUUCAGCAGUUGGAUCUUUGUAAUGGCACCAUCAGCACAGUAUUUGACUGAAUAAUAUGUGUAAAUUUACACUUUAGCCAUACUGUUGUUUUGGGGGGACUACUGAGCAUCCUAGCUGUAAAUGUGCUUAAACACGUCAGUCAUUUGAGCCAUGUUGAGGAAAUAUUUUUGGAUCAACAAGGUUCAGUACAUACAUUGCAAAGAGUGAAGCUGCUCCCAUGGCUCUGCAAAUCUUGUAUAUUUGUACAGUAUGUGUAUUACGAUUGCCCUCACCUUUUUAUCAGGUAACAAGACUCACUCCAAUUUUGUCUUUCCCAAGCUAGCUGUAGUUAUCCUCACAUUGUUAAGACAACUUUUAUGCUGUAGGGAGUUUCUGUAAAUGAAACAAAAGCAUUUAACUAAUUUGCUGAGUUUUUGCACCUUAGGAAAGAAAUACUUUUUGAAAAGUUUAACCUGCUACAGUGUACACGAGCCAGCCACAAAAUUAAAACUGAUCUUAUGUCAUGUCGAUCCCCCCUCGUGCAACAGCUUUGAGUGUGUGGAAUUUAAGGGAUGGGUCAGUGCUUUGGGCUCUUUGUGUUGCUUGAGCUGUUCCUGGGCAGUUUGAUGUUUGGCCAGAAGCAAAUGCUGUCCUUAAUCCACUUAUGUACUUUGCUUAAACGCCCACUUUAUUUAAGAGAAAGUGGGUGAUAGACGGUAACAUCCAGAUGAAUGCGCAAGGUUUCCAGCAGGACGUUGCAGAAGAUGUUGUGUUUUUCAUCUUUCAGAGGUUUUAUCAGUGUGGCUGACUCAUGAAUGUUCACUUUCGUUGCUUGUGCAGGUCAGUGGAACGAGAGUACACGUAGAUUUCACAAGUACUAUUUUAAACCUGAAAGAGGCAGUGUAUUUUCUUUAGCUUCAUAUAAAAGAGUCACCCAUUUCUC